CGUUGCAGACUAUCUCUCAUCUGCAUUUGCGACAGGGAACAGACGUUACUCUACAGCAGAUCAAACGCGACACCAAAUAAAAGUAUAGACGAUACCACUAAUAUUAAUACCCACGAGUGCUUAUUUGGAGCCGGUUUUUUAGACGUCAUCUUUGUCGACUAUUCAUAGAGAAUACAUAUCAUUUCGGAGAGAAAAUUACGGACAGAUUUUCUACAUGAAGAAGCGCGCGCCAUAGCGUAACAAAGAAAUAAACCAAUUUGACUUGUCGCAUAUGCUGUUGAACAUACGAGGUUGAGGCUGUUGAGGCUGUUGAGGCCUUGAACAUAUGACUACCACACAAUACACUUAAUUCACUCUGAGCGAAAUAACCUUAAACCAUGAGCCAUCUCCGAAUCAGACCGCUAGCCGGCAUCCUCGUCCUACUCUGCAUUUUAUACGUUUUGGUUUCGAACAUCUUUAAUUUCAGUCGCAUCUUCUCCAGUCCGCACUCGGGGAUCUCAUUAAGCCAGUCGGCCAUCAGAACAGCAUACUACAACCACACAAUAAACCGGACGCACGAAGCAGUGAUUCCACGCAAGAUUCAUCAGAUAUACCACGAUUGGUCGGGUCAAGGGGGGAAUGUACCACAUACCGCGCAGUGGAUGAGGUUAAGGGAUAGUUGCAUUAACCGCAAUCCGGGUUGGGAGUAUAAAUUAUGGAGCACGGCGGAAUCUAGGGAAUUUCUUCAAAGAGAGUAUCCGUGGGUUCUGCCUAUAUACGACAGCUAUCGGUAUCCCGUUCAGCGUGUGGAUACGCUGAAAUACUUUAUCAUGAGGCAUUACGGUGGUAUCUAUGUUGACAUGGACAACGGCUGCCUCGAAUCUCUCGAACCACUCCGCUACUAUCCGGCCUUCGUGACCGACGGUAUUGAAGGCCCCCUUUUCAUCAACAUCCUGGGCGCCGUGCCUCAUCAUCCCUUCUACGAAUAUCUCACCAAUAAUUUAUGGACCUACAACUUGUUCUACUAUCCGCUCCCUUAUCUCACAAUUAGCUACAAUUCUGGCCGAUGGUUUUUCACGUCUAUGUGGGAGAAAUAUCACGAUAGAGUGAAUUGGAUGAAUUGGAAUCUGAUUCAUUCUGCUGGGGAAGGCGCCGAUCAGAUCCAUGCAUCGAAAAUAAACGAGAAUCAACUCUAUCGUGUCGUUAUGGAGAGUCGCCGGGGCGCCGAACCAUGGGUAUUUUGGAACGAAGGCGCAGGGUUGACAUGGCAAGAUUGGGAUUACUCGAUGUUUUCUUCUAUCGGACAGGAUGCAGCAAAAAUAAUACGGAUUGCUACUGCGGUGACGAUUAGCCUUUCGAUACUGACUCCACUGGUGAUUUGGAGAUGUUGCUGUAGAAGUAGAAAGGCUAAGCAUAAUACUACGGGAGGAUUGAAGACGGUUGCAGCGUUACUUACGCCGGUUUUGUCGCCAGUUUUGGGGUCGAGGGAGAAGAGGGCUGAUUACUUCAUCAAGAAAGGUCAUGAUAUAGUAUGA